CGAGGCAGAGUGGUCAUGGAAACUGAGGGAUACAAGAACCCAAGUAUGCCCAUUGAGUACCGAGUGAGAGAUUUGAUCGGUCGAAUGUCUUUGAAAGAGAAGAUUGGUCAAAUGACUAUGCCUUUCCCUCCCGCUACCGCUGCCCUCCGUGAUGGCUCCGUUGGAGGAGUGAAUGCUGGCAGAGGGCCAUGUCACAGUGCGCCGGUUAAGGACUGGGCGGACAAGGCAGAUGAGUUGCAACAAGCAGCACUUCAGUCACGGCUCGGUAUACCACUCAUAUUGGGAGUGGAUGCAGUUCAUGGCCACAAUAACGCCUAUGGCACUACCAUCUUUCCGCACAAUGUGGGGCUAGGUGCCACUAGAGAUGCAGAGUUGAUCCGAAGGAUAGGAGCAGCAACCGCUUUGGAGGCCAGGGCAGGUGGCAUUAAUUACACUUUUGCUCCUUGUGUUGCGGUUGUUAAAGAUCUGAGGUGGAACAGAUGCUAUGAAAGUUACAGUGAGGUCCCGGAAAUCGUUGGAAAGAUGGCUUCCAUAAUUACUGGCCUGCAAGGGCUUCCGCCAGCUGAGCACACAAAGGGCCACCCUUUUGUCGCUGGAAGAAACAAUGUGAUCGCGUGUGCGAAGCAUUUUGUUGGAGAUGGAGGCACUGAAGGAGGGAAAAACGAGGGGGAUACGAGAAUAAGUAACGACAAGUUGGAGAUGGUUCACAUGGCCCCUUACCUUGACUGUAUCUCUCAAAAUGUCUGCACUGUCAUGGCUUCCUUCUCUAGCUAUAAUGGGCAGAAGAUGCAUUCUAAUAAGUUUCUUCUGACUGAUGUUCUGAAGAACAAACUCGGGUUUAAGGGUUUCGUAAUUUCUGAUUGGGAAGGUAUUGAUAAACUAAAAGAAAACGAAAACCCAGAAGGGGCAGACUAUCGUGUAUGUGCUGCUCUCGGAAUUAAUGCGGGGAUCGACAUGGUUUUGGGCCCUCGUGACGUCGUAAAAUUUCAAGACGACUUGAUGUCACUAGUGGAGGCAGGGGAAGUUCCGAUCUCUAGGAUUAAUGACGCCGUGGAGAGAAUACUCAGGGUGAAGUUUGCUGCAGGAAUUUUCGAACACCCUUUCUCCGACAGGUCAUUGCUAGAUCUUGUAGGCUGCAAGCUGCAUAGAGAGAUAGCGAGGGAGGCAGUGAGGAAGUCCUUGGUCCUGUUGAAGAAUGGGAAGGACCCGGAAAAGCCUUUACUUCCAUUAGACAAGAAUGCCAGGAAAAUUCUUGUCGCUGGAACGCACGCAGAUGAUCUUGGUUAUCAAUGUGGGGCCUGGACUGUACGCUGGAUCGGAGACAGUGGCAGGACAACAAUUGGGACCACCAUUCUUGAUGCGAUUAAACAAACAGUUGGACCUGAAACAGAAGUCAUAUUCGAGCAAUGCCCAUCAGUGGACACAUUAUCAGCUCAUGAUUUUGCAUUCGCCAUUGUGGCUGUUGGUGAAACUCCAUAUGCAGAAUAUAUCAGCUCGAAGACCGAACUUGUUAUCCCUUCUGAUCUAGCUGAUAUGAUAUGUUCAGUUGCUGAUAGAGUACCAACACUUCUUGCUUUGAUUACUGGGAGACCUAUAGAAUUAAAGCCAGAGAUGCUUGAGAAGAUUGAUGCUUUGGUUGCUGCUUGGUUGCCUGGGACUGAAGGAAAUGGAAUCACAGAUGUAGUUUUUGGAGAUUAUGACUUUGUGGGACGAUUACCUGUCUCAUGGUUCAAGAGGCUUGACCAAUUGCCGAUGGAUCCCGGUGCUGCCUCAUACGAUCCUCUGUUCCCAUUUGGCUUUGGAUUGACAUACAACGCAAAAAUGAAAACCAACAGCAUUUAGGCCACGGGUGGGCAAUAAGUUUCGCUUCUAUGUCAAGACAUGCAUUAAUUAUAUUCCUCGAUAUUUAUUUGGAGACAUAUGUUAGUUUUUUAAUAAU